AUGUGGAAGCUCGCCAAUGUGAACCCUAUACCCAAAGAAUCUCCUUUGACAGAGUGUAGUCAAUUGAGGCCUAUAUCGCUCACAAACAUCAUUAUGAGAUUAUUUGAAAGGGUAGUUUAUAAACAGGAGAUUGCGUCUGCAUUCAAAUCCGUGAUCGGACGAGAUCAAUUUGCUUAUAAAGAGGGAACAAAUACUACCGAUGCUCUGAUUAUGUGUUUGCAUCAUUGGCUCAAGUGGCUGGAUGAAGGUGCAGACUCUGUUAGGGUAACAUCAUUUGACUAUAAGAAAGCGUUUGACUCGGUAUCCCAUAACAUUAUUUGUGAAAAAUUGAAAACACUCGAAAUUAAUCUGUAUACUAUAAACUGGAUUAUUAGUUUUCUGGCCAACAGAAAACAAAGAGUUGUUGUUGAUGGCAUAGAAACUGUUUAUGUUGAUAUCAACAAAGGCGUACCGCAGGGUACGGUUUUGGGUCCCUUUCUAUUUUCGUUGAUGGUUAAUGAUAUAAAACCCAUGGAUGCGCAAAAUAAUCUAUUGGUUAAAUUUGCUGACGAUAUAACGACAAGUGCUCCAAUAAAAUCAGGAUCGGAUUCCGCUGAGGCUGAGGUGGAAAGCAUUCAGAAUUGGUCGGAAGCAAAUCAAAUGACAUUAAAUCUUUCUAAAACGUGGGAAAUGGUUGUGCACGGUGGGUCUAUGAAACCGUUACCGGCACCAAUUGUAGGCAUUGAACGAAAGAGCUGGUUGAAAUUAUGA